AGAGCUCUUUGGAAUGGCAAAAUAAAGAAGCGUGCUCCAGGGAUAGUGGAUGCUUAUUAAUAUUCGCUUAAUGGUAAUUAGUACAUCGACGCUGCAAAAUGUACCUGAAAAGACCGCUCGCUGUGUGAAAGUAGGUCAAAGGCGAGUACUCUGCACCUCGUGGGCAUUUAAUGUGACGCAUAGGACCGAAGCCAUACUGCAGUCUUGCGGAAAACAGCAAGGUAGCGUUUCCGUAGAAACCCGGGGCGACGGAGAUCGGCGAGGAGCGACCAUCGCACAUCCCAUGCGCAAUUUUGUUCAUCAAAAUGGCUGAAACGAGCGGCGCCGUGUUGAACAACGAAGAAGCGGGGAUGACAACGACGGCUAAGCCGGAGGAGGAGGCGGAGGAGGAAGACGAAGAGCGGGCGUUGAUUACGAGCGAGGCUACGAAGGAUGCGCAGUUGGUCCUUUACCACUGGACCCAGUCGUUCAGCUCCCAGAAGGUUCGCCUUGCCAUAGCAGAAAAAGGACUGAAAUGCUCAGAGUACGAUGUGAGUUUACCCCUGAGUGAGCACAAUGAGCCCUGGUUCAUGAGGCUGAACCCAGCUGGAGAAGUGCCUGUCCUCCUACAUGGGGAUAAUAUUAUCUGUGAUGCCUCCCAGAUCAUUGAUUAUUUGGAACAGACCUUCGUGGAUGAAAGUGCCCCCAGGCUGCUGCCCAAAGAUGACAGCAUGUACUACCCCAGAGUGCAGCAUUACCGAGAGCUUCUGGACUCUCUUCCAAUGGAUGCUUACACACAUGGUUGUAUUUUACACCCAGAAAUAACAGUUGACUCUCAGAUUCCAGCGUAUGCAAGUACAAGGAUUCGAAGUCAGAUUGGAAAUACAGAGUCUGAGCUGAAGAAGCUUGCCCUACAGCACCCUGAACUUGAGGAGGCCUAUGUUGCUAAACAGAAACGUCUCAAAUCAAAACUGCUUGAUCAUGAUAAUAUUAAAUACUUAAAGAAAAUACUUGAUGAACUUCAAAAUGUUAUGGACCAAGUGGAGACCGAGCUUCAAAGGCGAAAUGAGGAAACACCAGAAGAGGGAGAGCAGCCAUGGCUUUGUGGGCAGUUCUUCAGCGUUGCUGAUGUUUCCCUGGCUGUGACAUUACAUCGUCUGAAGUUCUUAGGCCUCUCCAGAAGAUACUGGGGCAAUGGAAACCGCCCGAACCUUGAAAGAUACUACGAGCGGGUCUUAAACAGAAAGACCUUCAGGCGGGUUUUGGGGAAUGUGAACAACAUACUUAUAUCUGCAGUGUUACCAACAGCUUUCCGUGUUGCGAAGAAGAGGGCGCCCUCGUUUUUGGGAAGCACACUCUUGGUGGCAGUAGUAGGUGGGAUCAGUUACUUUGCCUUUUUGUAUCUGAAGAAAAGAUUUGCAAGCAUUAGGUGAGGCAACAAAAAUCAAGUGGUUAUCUACUGUUAAUUAUAUAUGUGUAAUGUCUCGCAUUCUUUGUUAGUGAAAAAGGUCUGCAUAUCAAAAUGCCUGAUUUAAUCCUCUGUCAAUGCUCAUGGUAUAUAGCAUCUUUCAUUGAAAGGCUGUCAUAAAGCAAUGAAGAGCAAUAUUGUAAAUGGGAUGGGUUCAGGCUUACCUUGAACCAAAAUUGGAUUACAAGGUUUUACAAUAUGGAAGAAUAAAUCAAAAACCACAUGGAAAAAAAGCCAAAACAUUGAAACUUAUGGUAGAAUUAAGAAGUUUAGAAAAUUGUAAGAUACAUGACAAUGCCUACAUUAUAUGUUUCAUCAGAGUGUGCUGAUAACCUGUUCUUAUGUACCUGGUUGUUACCAUGCACUUUAUAUGCUGGACUUUUAAUUUUGGUCAUACUGUUCACUUCGCUUCACAUUGCACUGGCUUUUUUCAGCUGGUUUUUAUUUUCCAGCAGGGUAUUUAACAGUCUAUGUUAAGCAAUAUUGUUCAGAUCAUUGCCAUUUACAACUUCUUAACAACAUUUGUAAGUCUUAAAAAAUAAUGGUGCCUCUGUAAAUGCAUUAUGACUUGGAAAAAAACAACAUUAAGUCUUAAAGCUGAAAAAGUGAACAAACAUUCUCUGCACUGUGUCUUAUUAAUAGGUGAUUUUAAAUAAAGCUAAAUCAACAUUGCUGAUGUAUUGAAAUAUCAGUACUGCUGAAUUAGUCUCAUCGUCUAUGAAUUCUGUGUUGCAUUAAUCUUUGGCCUGAGCAGUUAUCUGAAUGCACCACUAGAUGUCAGCAUGUAGCUGUGUCACUGAAAGUUAUUCCAAAGAAUAAAAACAUUACGCCA